AUGGAUCAUCCAGAAAAUACAGUAACACAACUUAUCCGAGAAGAGCAUAAAUCGAAAUGGAUUGCACAUAGCAAUCAUGAUGUGAAAUGUUUUACAGAAGAUGAGAUAAGAAGAUUUACCAACAACUAUAAAACUAUACUUGGUAGAGGUGCCUUUGGAGAAGUUUAUGAAGGAGUCCUUGAGGACAAAAGUAUGGUUGCAGUCAAGAAGUUUAUCUACAAUGCAAAAGUAAAUUUUGCCAAAGAGUUGACCGUCCACCGUGAGAUCAAUCACAAGAAUGUAGUCAGAUUAGUCGGCUACUGUGUAGAUGAAAAUGCCUUUAUGGUGGUCACGGAGUAUAUUUCCAAAGGAGAUCUAAGUACCAUCCUUCACAAGGAUAGCAUUCCCAUCACUUUGGGUACACGGCUAAGAAUUGCCAUUGAAUGUGCAGAAGCAUUGGCCUAUAUGCAUUCACAAAUGUAUACUCAGGUCAUUCAUGGCGAUAUCAAGCCUGAUAAUAUACUUCUAGAUGAUGAACUCAGAGCAAAAGUAUCAGACUUUGGAAUAUCAAGACUAGUCAACACUGAAAAUACUCUAUGUACUCUAAAUGUGAUCGGAAGUAUAGGCUACAUGGAUCCUAUGUUUGUUCAGAAUGGUCGCCUCACCGCAAAGAGUGAUGUUUAUAGUUUUGGAAUUGUACUCCUGGAACUGAUCACUAGAAAGAAAGCAAGAACAGAGGAUGGGGAGAUUGGCUUGGUUGGCAGUUUUAAUCAAUCUCUUUCAAAAGGGGUUAAGAGGGUAAGGGAGAUGUUUGAUCCUGAAAUCACAACGUCGAGCGACAUGAAGACUAUCGACGAGAUUGCUAAGUUGAUAGGUAAAUGCUUGAGGAUGGAACUCAACAAACGUCCAGAGAUGUUUGAAGUUGCCGAACGUCUUCGCAAACUUAGAAAAGCACCACAUCAGGUACAAGAAAGACUAGCUCUGUUUCCUUGGAGAAGAAAAAAUAAAUUAGCUCGAGCAAAAACACCAUCUCUGGAAAGCAGCGGCAGUAGCCAAAAAGCGGGAGAUGUAGCUCCAGCUGAAAAAACGCCAUCGCAAGAAAGCAGUGGCAGUAUCCCCCAAACAGAAAUUGUGGCUCCAGUCAAAGCGGCACUAUCACAGAUAUGCUGUGAUAGUAUACGAAAUGUGGGAACUUCUAUCAUUGGACCGACAGUGACAGGCCAAUUGUUCGACCUGAAAGACCUGCUUGGGGCAUCGACUGAAGUUCUGGGCCAGGGUACAGUCGGGACAACAUACAAAGUAACGCUUGACAGCGGAUAUGAGCUGGUGGUCAAGUGGCUGAAGUAUGUGCACAUGCCGAAGGUGGAGUUUGAGCUGCAUGCCACAAGUAUUGGCACCAUCCAAAACAAACACAUUGUGCCACUGCUAUGGCAUUACCAUAGCGAGCCCGAUAAGAUCCUAGCGUACAGUUUCAUCCCCAUGGGUAGCUUAGCAAAAGUGCUCCACGGUGACGGAGUCUCUGACCCAGCUCCGCUGGACUGGGAGCAGCGGUCAGCCAUCUCACUUGCUGUUGCGCGCGGUAUGGCAGCUAUUCAUUUUGCCGGACCAUUGAGCUGUCAUGGCAACAUCACGUCUUCAAACAUUCUGCUGACUGGCACCCACGAUGCACUUGUGUCCGAGCAUGGUCUGAUAACACUACUUGGCAUAUAUUCAAAUGGCUCCGGCUACUGCGCGCCUGAGCUCACAGGCGAUAGGCGGGUUUCUCAGAAAGCUGACGUAUACAGCUUUGGCAUCGUACUGCUGGAGCUUCUCACUCGCAAGGCUCCGGCAAAUAGCAUAAGGGGUAUGGAGGGAGUCCAUUUGCCAUGGUGGGUGCGUUCUGUUGUUUGCGUGGGGUGGACGGAGGAGGUGUUCGACGUGGAACUCCGAAGAUGGGAGCAGAAGGACAGGGAAGAAGAGUUCAUGGUGCGACUUCUAUGGCUUGCCUUAAACUGCUGCAGUCAAUAUCCCAACAAGAGGCCUACAAUGUCUGAAGUCGUGCAGCAGAUCGAAGAGAUCGGAAGAGAAAGAAAAAUUGCUCCAGCCAAAACACCAUCUCUGGAAAGCAGAAGCAGUAGCCAAAACGUGAGAACUGUAGCUCCAGCUGAAAAAACGCCAUCACAAGAAAGCAGUGGCAGAACCCCCAAAACGGGAAUUGUGGCUCCAGUCAAAACGGGACUAUCACAGGAAAGCAGUAGCAGUACCCGAUAUGUGGGAACUUUUAUCGGUAGGUCCACAGAGACUGACCAAUAUUUCGACCUGGAAGACCUCCUUCGGUCAUCGGCUGAAAUUCUGGGCAAGGGUACAGUCGGGAAAACAAUCAAAGCGACGCUUGAUAGUGGGUGUGUGCUGGUGAUCAAGAUGCUGAAGGAUGUGGAUAUGCCGAAGGCGGACUUUGAGCAGCAAGUCAGGCUGAUUGGCGCCAUCCAGAACAAACACAUUGCGCCACUGCGGUGGUAUUACUACAGCGAGGAUCAGAAGGUGUUAGUGUACAACAGCAUCCGCAUGGGUAGCCUAGCAAAAGUACUGCACGGUGGCGAAGCCUCUGGCCCAGGUCUGCUGGACUGGGAGCAGCGGUCAGCCAUCUCACUAGCUGUUGCGCGCGGUGUGGAGGCUAUCCACUUAGCUGGACCAUCAAGCUGCCAUGGUAACAUCAAGUCUUCCAACAUCCUGCUCACCGGUACACACGAUGCAUGUGUGUCGGAGCAUGGCCUGAUAACACUUGGCGUGUAUCCCAAUGCAUCCAGCUACUGCGCACCUGAGCUCACCGACAAUAAGCGGUUCUCCCAGGAAGCCGACGUGUACAGUUUUGGAAUCCUAUUGCUGGAGCUUCUCACACGCAAGGCCCCGGCAAAUAGCAUACAUGAUGAACAGGGAGUAGAUUUGUCAUGGUGGGUGCAUUCUGCUAUGCGUGAGGAUCGCACGGCCGAGGUGUUCGACGUGGAGCUCCGACAACGGGAGCAGAAGGACGGUGAAAAAGAGUGCAUGGUGCAAAUUCUGCAUGUCGCCAUAAACUGUUGCAGUAAACAUGUCGACUCAAGGCCUGCAAUGUCUUAUGUUGUGCAGCAGAUCGAGAAGAUCCUACAGGCCUAA